AUGUCUGGUCCUCUCGCCCACGCCAAGAUCGUUCUCCGUCGCUCCGGUGAGCGCGGAUAUGCUGAGCACGGCGGCUGGCUCAAAUCCUUCCACACUUUCAGCUUUGCCAGCUAUUACGACCACAAAUUCCAAAAUUUCGGAAGUCUGCGAGUUUUGAACGAAGACCGUGUUGCACCCCGAAAUGGAUUCGGAACUCAUCCCCACCGUGAUGCAGAGAUCUUCAGCUACAUUCUUAGUGGAGAGCUCACGCAUCGUGACAGUAUGAUCAAAAAGGGAGCAGAGGGUGAGCAAGGAAAGGACUUCUAUCGUAUGAAACGAGGAGAUGUUCAGUUUACCACCGGAGGAACCGGAAUCGCUCAUUCCGAGCAAAAUGAAUCCAACAAGCCGGUGCAUUUCCUUCAAAUCUGGGCUCUCCCAUGGAAGCACGGUCUUAAGCCGCAGUAUCAUACGAUGAGCUUCGACGAAGAUGCCAAGCGAAAGGAGUUCGUCCCCAUUCUAUCGCCACUUGCCGCCGGUCCUGAGGCCAAGCCAGCGGAUGAGGAUGCCGCUAUCCCCAAGAUUCCGGGCACCAUUCCUAUUCACGCUGAUUUUGUUAUGGGCGCUGGAAUUAUCGCACCUUCCUCCACAUUCACAUGGAAUGUGGGUGCUGGGGAGGUUGUCAGCUCCAAAAAGAAGCGCAAUGUUUACAUUCAUCUUCCCAUGACGAAGCAGGGCAAGAUGAAGAUCAAGCUUAACGGAAGUGAAGAUGCUAUUCUCGAAGAGGGAGAUGGUGCAUUCAUCACACAAGUCAAUGCUGGGGACUCGCUUCGCGUGGAGAGCAUUGGCGAGGAAGAAGCGGAGGUUAUUGUGUUGGACAGCAACUGA